GCACAGGCCCAGUCCUGCGUACCUUAUUGACAAGUAGUUACCUGUUGUCCUCUUGCUGUUUUGUACGGUAAAGUACAGUGUGCUCUAAGUCGACGUGACCCUGGAUUCCAGACUAGAUUGAACCAUUAGAAGUGGACAUCAUUGCAACAAGGAGUGUCGCAUUGAGGGCCUUCUUUUAUUGUGAGAGUGUGUGUGUGUGUGUGCGAGUGUGUGUGUGACGCCAUGGCUGUACUCAAAGUGCUGUGCUGCCUGCUGUUAACGUGUCACAUGGCACAGGGAAGAAAAGCUAAAGGAAAUAGAGCAGAUGUGGCAGUCCCAGACAAGAGGGGCCCCCUAAAGGUGAAAGAGCCUCAUGUCAGCAGUUCAGUCUUCAGGCUGAUUGUGGAGGGGGAGGACACCUGCACACUGGACCCUCUGCAGCUGCACAGCCUCUCUUCCUGUGGCUUCAACACCACUAAUCCCCUCAUCAUCAUCACUCACGGGUGGUCGGUGGAUGGCAUGAUGGAGAGCUGGGUGCACAAGUUAUCCUCCAUCCUGAAGACUCAUCUUACGGAUGUCAACGUUGUGAUCACUGACUGGCUGUCACUGGCUCAUCAGCACUACCCUACUGCAGCACAUAGCACACGUACUGUGGGAAAAGACAUCGCUCAUCUGCUGUCCUCACUCAAGGAGCACCAUGGAUAUUCAUUUGGGAAAGUCCAUCUGAUUGGUUAUAGCCUUGGAGCUCACAUAUCUGGAUUUGCGGAAGCUGUUAACGGCCCGGAACAAAUCGGAAGAAUUACCGGUCUUGAUCCUGCGGGGCCCUUGUUUGAAGGAAUGUCGCCCACAGACAGACUGUCCCCUGAUGACGCCCAGUUUGUAGAUGCCAUCCACACGUUCACGCACGAACGUUUGGGUCUCAGUGUGGGCAUCAAGCAGGCUGUGGCACAUUACGACUUUUAUCCUAAUGGAGGAGACUUCCAACCAGGAUGUGACCUGCAAAACAUUUACGAGCACAUAGCUGAGUAUGGCCUUCUUGGCUUUGAACAAACAGUGAAAUGUGCCCACGAACGUUCCGUGCAUCUGUUCAUUGACUCACUUCUCAACAAGGACGAGCAGAUCAUGGCCUACGGGUGCAGGGACAACAGAGCCUUUCACAAAGGCGUCUGUCUGGACUGCAGGAAGAAACGCUGCAACACGCUGGGCUACAACAUCAAGAAGGUUCACACUGGCAAAAGCAAGAGGCUCUAUGUGAAAACACGCUCUAAGAUGCCCUACAAGCUUUAUCACUACCAGUUCAGGAUCCAGUUUGUCCAGUCCAUGGAGAGCCCCAAGCCUUUACUCAGCAUCUCUCUCACUGGUACCAAAGAGGAGAGCGGAAAAGUUCCCGUCACCUUUACAGAGCAGGUUUUCGGGAAUAAGACCUACACCUCGCUGAUAACCUUGGACAGACAUUUGGGGGCUCUGAUGUUGCUCAAGUUCCAAUGGCAAGGAUCAGCUCUGUGGAAGCACAUGUGGAACAGGGUGCAGACCAUCAUGCCUUGGAGUGGACACCAGAUCCAACCUCUGCUGACUGUAGGCAAAAUCAGCGUCAAAGAUGGCGACACACAAAAGCGGACAUCCUUUUGUCCCAUGGCAAUUGGUGCACAGCAUGUGCAAAUGUCAGAAGAAACCGUGUUUGUGAGAUGUCAACAGGACCCACCAAGGCAGCACAAGAGGAAACACUUCAGAGACUCACCUGUUCAUUCAAAACACUGAUGUGAUCUUUGGGUUCCACUUCACAUCUGGAUGAUGUGCAGUGCAAUGGUCUCAGGUCUCAGGAUGUUCCUGCUCCGGAUAAGAGACAAUGUGUCAUUUAAUAUUGAGUGUAGAAACAUUUGUACAGUGCAUCCGGAAAGUAUUCCUAUGUUACAGCCUCAUUACAAAAGUUUUUUUUUUCUUAAAACUCACAAUAUCCUCUAACGACAAUGUUUCCAGCACCUCUCGAGCCCCAUCAGAUUGGAUAGGAAGCGUUGGUUUUCCUCCAUGAUGUCUCUGUACAUUGCUGUAUUCAUCUUAGUUUUGCAGGAAAGUGACCAAGAACCAGAUGGUCACACUGUCAGAACUACAGCAUUCUGUGGAGAGGAGAACCUUCCAGAAGGACAACCGACUCUGCAGCAAUCUACCAAUCAGGCCUGUAUGGUAUUGUGGGCAGACGGAAGUCAUUUCUUAGUGAAAGUUUGCCAAAACACAACUGAAAUACUCUUAAGAUCAUGAGAAACAAAAUUCUCUGGUCUGAUGAGACAAAGAUUGGACUCUUUGGUGUGAAUGUCAGGCAUCAUGUUUGGAGGAAACCAUGAGGCAACGCUCAUUACCAAGCCACUACCAUCCCUACAGUGAAGCAUUGUGGUGGCAGCAUCAUGCUGUGGGGAUGGUUUUCAGUGGCAGGAACUGGGAGACGAGUCAGGAUAGAGGGAAAGAUGAAUGCAGCAAUGUACAUAGAUAUCCUGGAGGAAAACUAACACUCCUAUCCAAUCUGAUGGAGCUUGAGAGGUGCUACAAAGAGGAAUGGGCAAAAAAGGAAUGGUCGUAACUGCUCAAUGAUAGGUGUGCUAAGCUUGUUGCAUUGUGUUCAAAAAUACUUGAGGCUGUAAUUGCUGCCAAAGGUGCAUCAACAAAGUAUUGAGCAAAAGCUGUGAAUACUUAUGGACAUGUGAUUUUUAGUUUUUUAUUACAUUUACAAAAAAAUAAAUAAAUUACUUUUUACAUUGUCAUUGUGGGAUAUUGUGUCUAGAUUUUUGAGAUCAAAAAUUAAGUAAUUCCAUUUUGGAAUACAGCUGUAACAUAACAAAAUGUGGGAAAAAGCUAACUGAAUACUUUCCGGCUGCACUGUAAUAUUGGCUAAUAUUGGCAAGUUCAGGGAAUCGCAACACUUUACGUCAAUAUUUUUUGUAAAGUUGUCACAAAUUACAGUAGUGAAUCAAAAUGAAAACCUAUGCAAAAAAUAAAUGUCAAUCUUUGUGAUCUCCAGUACAUACGAUAAAUGUCUUUACAUGCUGGACAAACCACUUAAGCAGUUUGCGCUGACUUACAGGGUGACAGCGUGCAGUUGACCUCAUUGUGUAGAAAUGUCACACGUCAAAGCAGUACGUGAAGAUGAUUUAUUAAUGCAUUUCAAAUUAAGCAAAUACUUGAGGUAAAAGCAAAAACAUUGAAGUUACAGUAAAAAAUUAUAAACUCAGCACUCCAGUGUACGGACAUAAGUCCUUUUAAACCCAAAAUAAGUGUUGCAUCAGACACAGAAAUUGAAAACCCCCAUAGUUACAACACAUGAAUGCAAAACAAAUACAUGCAUUUGGUGGAAAACAUGAAUGCGUCACUAAAAUCUCUAACAAGACAUUAUCAAACGCAACAACCAUUAGCUGAGGUGUUACAUGUAGACUGAAUGUACUUGAUAGUCCAGAAGUGAAUUUUAUUUAGCAAGAGGCAUUAAAACAGACUUUUUUUCACAUUUAUAACAUACUGUAUUCACAUACAAACCAAAAGUUAAAACAAAACCUAAGUUGUGGGGUCACUGACAAUAAGCCUCAGCUUAAAUUGGAAAUGCUGUCAGUGGGCACAUUAAGUACAAAAACAAAACAGAAUUGUAAAGAUUGGGUAAAAGUUGCCGUGCAAUUCAGUCAAAGUUGUCUCUCAGUGACACAAAAAACAGCCAACUCUCUCACCCUUAACACAAAAAUCACAUUACACAUUUAGGUAAAACAAAGCUGUAAUAGUCCAUUCAUCCAUCUUCUACUGCUUGUCCUUCUCGGGAUCACGGGGGUGCUGGAGCCUAUCCCAGCUGCCCUCGGGCGUAAAGCGGAGUACACUCUGGACAAGUCGCCACCUCAUCGCAGGGCCAGCAGAUAGACAACAUUCACACUCACGUUCACACAUUAAAUAUGCCCUGCAUAAUGCACUUUUUUUGCCCAUUCCAAACUUACUUAUCCAUAAAGCUUUCUGGAGGCACCAUUUAGGAAAUUACCUAACCAUUUUUUUGUUUUAUUAAUCCUGAGAGAAACAAUCAUCAUUAAGAGAACUGUACAAGCUGAAAGAAUAAAGGCAAUACAUUAGAAAAAGUUUUUGUUUUUAUGGCUUUUCAUUUAGAACCUUGUAAAAUAACAAUGGCAGCAAAAGUGUUUUGAUUUGCGGUAAAAUUUAAAUGUACUGUAAGAAUAUUUCAAGAGAUGGGCCUUAAGGUAAGCUGCCAGCAUCCUCUGGUAUAAAACAAAAAACAGCCCAGUAAAAAAAUUUAACGAUCAAGACCACAUAACAGAGCUCGGUGAACUUCUCUUCUGCAUCUCAAGAGCACAAAGGGUGCUGUCCAGUGACGACGAUUCAGUUGCAACGUGAGUUCCACCUCACAUGUAGGCGUGGAUUAGUCCGUUUAAUAAUAAUAAUGACAAUAAUAAUACAUCUUAUGUAUGGAGCCCUUUUCAAAAACUCAAAAGAUGCUUUACAGGGUAAAAAAUGUAAGACAAGUAAGUGCGAA